AAACUUGAAAUUAUUAUUAUCCAUGCCUGCAUGAUAAAAUAGCAUAUGAAAAUUUUUAGUAGGAAUUUUGCAAAAAUGAAAAACAUACAAAAUGCAUGGGAAAUAAUGCUAAAACAUGGUUACGGUCAGACAUUUGGCGAACUACAAUUGGUAAGUUGUGCAGAUGGUAAGUGUAUUGCAGAAAUGGAUAUAAAAAAGGAACAUGCAAAUAUUGCAAAUACUCUACAUGGAGGUUUAAUUGCCACAUUGAUAGAUCAUGUCACAUCUUUUGCAAUUGUGAGCCUGCAGUAUCCACAUCUUGAACCCUCAUUUAGCAUCAACAUGAAUAUCUCAUAUCUUAAUAAAUCCAAAGUGGGGGAUAGGAUAGUUAUUGAAGGUGAUUGUGAAAAGCAUGGUGUGAAUAUAUCAUUUGCUAGGGCUAAAAUAUAUGACAAGAUUUCUAAAAAUAUUAUAGCCACCGGUGAUCAUGUUAAAUUUAUUCCUAAGUCAUCUGCAUCAAAUUCUAAAUAACAAAAUAUUCAAAAUCUUUUAUACAUGUAUUUAUAUGCAUUUUUUUAUAAAAUUUAUAUAUGGCAUUAAACAUUUUAUUUUAUAUAUUUUGAUAUUAUCUUAUCUUUUAAAUAGUUAU